AUGACAAAGGAACAUUCACAACCAAAAGCAUUAAAUAUAUUACGACCUAGUCAACCAUUAUCUUCAGCAAAGUCUAGUGUUCUUUCUGGUUAUUCUUCUUCAUCCAACAAUUCUACAACAAGAAAACCCCGUGUUAGUUCAGUAGCUCAACUUCAACAUGCUUCUUUAUCAGAAAAACCUGCUUUGAAUAUUUAUCAUCCAACAUCUCGAUCGCCUAAUGGUAGUACUGUUUCUUCUAUUUCUUCUUCUUCUUCUAGACCUUCUCAUCAUUAUAACUCUUUUGAUUAUCAACAAAAACGAUCCUCCACAACAUCUUAUACCAAUCAUCCAUCCAACAAAGAACGUCCUGCUAUUGAAAUAUAUAAACCUACCCGGCACCAUCAUCCUUCUCUUCCUAAAUCCUCAUCCAUGACCAAAUCUUUUACAGCUCCUGUCAUCACUUCUCACUCUAAAACUCACCGUUCCGCCUUACCCAACUCACCACAAGAAGAAAAGAAGUAUCACGUCACCAACGUCACUUCGUCUUAUCUUGGUCAUAGUGAAUCCUCCCAAUCUGCCACACCUUCAGAAUCAGAAGAAGAAGAAGAAGAAGACGAAGACGAGGAUGAUCAACAACAACAACAAGAAGAAGAAGAAGAAGAGGAAAGAAAAAGUGAUAAUGAUGAUCAGGAUAUCAUGGUAUUGAAUGAAGCUCGGGUAAAUCGUCAGAUUGCCGAUUUGGAAAUCUCGAAUCAAUCCUUAUUAGCCGUCAAUGCCAUGUUGGAAGCAACAGUACGAAAACAAGCUUCAGAAAUGGCUCAAAUGAAGAAACAAAUGUCAUUUUCUGAAGGAGGUGGGGUCAACAUUCAUCCAUUGGUGUUACCAUUACCAGCAUCAGAUAUUUCGGAAGAUGAAUGGGAAAAUGACAAGACGUUCCAAAGACUUUGUCGUAUGACAGAUACUAUGAUUGAACAGGCUCAACAGGCUGUGGCAUUUGAAUUCAAAGGGAUGGGACGUGUGAUUUCAUAUACUGAACAAGAUAAUGACGACGAUGAUAACAAUGAUGACGACGAUGACAACAACACCAACGACAGUAAUGAUGCCAUAGACGAAUAA